AUGCUCUCCAAUAAUAAUAAGCCUUUUGCUGAUGAUGAAGAUCAUGAUGAUCAAGAUGACAAUUCUAGAAGACAAAAUCAACUUCAUCACAGAGAAGAUUUCUUUGAUGAAUUUGGUAAUUAUCGGGGCGCUGAGUUAAGCAGCGAGGAAGAAGAAGAGGAGGAUUUGGAAAAUGGAGGCCGAUCCAUUGUUCCAGUCAAUGAGUCGUCAAUAUCGAGACCAUCAGCUGUUGUACUUCAUGAAGAGAAACAAUAUUAUCCAUCAGCAGAGGAAGUAUAUGGUGAAGAUGUGGAAACAAUGGUUGAAGAUGAAGAUAGGCAACCACUGGAAAAACCAAUCAUCGAGCCUAUCAAAAAGACGGUGUGGAAUUUGGUUGAAAAAGAAUUUAAUUCUCCUCAACCUGUUAAUUUCUCUUGGGAUUACUUGUUAGAAUUGAUGAAAAUUCCUAGUUCGAUUAGAAAUGUUUGCCUUGCUGGACAUUUACACCACGGAAAAACUUCAUUUAUGGAUCAUCUUAUUCGUUUCACACAUACAAACUAUACAAAUUUUUUGGAAAAAGAUUUAAAUUAUACAGAUAUUCGACCUGAUGAGCAUAGAAGAGGACUCAGCUUAAAGUCAUCACCAAUGUCACUCUUAUUAGAAAGUACAAAAUCAAAAUCUUUCCUUAUCAAUAUUAUGGACACCCCUGGCCAUACAAAUUUUUCAGAUGAAGUAAGCGCAUCGAUGAGAAUUUCUGAUGGUGUUGUUCUUGUCGUUGAUGCUCUUGAGGGAGUAAUGUUAAGUACUUCAGAUAUAAUCAAGCAGGCAGUACAAGAAAGAUUACCGAUCGUUCUACUUAUUAACAAGUUGGAUAGAUUAAUUUUAGAGCUAAAGCUACCACCAAAUGACGCCUAUCAUAAGCUAAAGCAUACAAUUUCUGAAAUUAACUCAAUUUUGAAAGAAUCAAUUGAUGAUGAGCUACUAAAGAAAAACUAUGUUAUAAGAGACAAUGCAUCUAACGGUACUACGGACUAUCCAACAACUUUACUUUCUCCAGACAUUGGAAAUGUGUGUUUUGCAAGUUCAAAGACUGGCGUAUGUUUUACAUUGGAAUCUUUUGCCAAAAUUUAUGCAGACAAACGAGGAGGAUUUAGCUACAAAGAUUUUGCGAAACGAUUAUGGGGUGACUUGUAUUUUAACAGAGAGACAAGAACCUUCUCAAAAACUCCAAAUGAUCUCGGAAAGAGAUCUUUUGUUGAGUUUAUACUUGAACCUCUUUAUAAGAUUUAUGCUCAUAUUGUAGGUCAAGAUCCAGAAGAAUUAGACCAUACUCUGAAAAAGAUUCAUAUUAAGCUUACUUCUGAAGAACUCUUGUUGGAUCCAAAUCCACUUAUGAAAGCUACAUUUAGAGCAUUCUUUUCUUCAUCCUCUGGUUUUGUUGACAUGCUAGAAAGAUUUAUUCCAUCACCAAACAGUACUGGAGGAAAUAAGGCAAAAGUGGAACACUUUUAUACAGGAGACUUGAGCACGCACUUUUCCAAAGACAUGAUCAACUGCAAUCCAAAAGGUGACUUAGUAAUUUAUAUCACCAAGCUUUUCCCUAGGCCUGAUUACAGCUCUUUUGAUGCGUUUGGUAGAGUAAUGAGUGGUACCAUUAAGAAAGGCGAUACCGUGAAGGUUCUAGGAGAAGGCUACACACCAACAGAUGAAGAAGACAUGUCCAUUACUGACACAUCCAAUCUUUAUAUUUAUAAUUCUCGAUAUAGGGUCAGUGUUGAUAGUGUUAGCGCUGGUAAUUGGGUAUUAAUAGAAGGCAUUGAUGCAACUAUCAACAAAACUGCAACAAUUUAUAGAUCCACAGCACAUGAAGAUACAUUUAUUUUCAGACCAUUAUCAUUUAUGAACCAAUCUGUUAUCAAAACUGCUGUUGAGCCUUUAAAGCCAUCAGAAUUACCCAAAAUGUUGGAUGGACUUCGAAAAAUUAACAAAACAUUUCCUCUUGUGACCACAAAAGUUGAAGAAAGCGGAGAGCAUAUUUUGCUUGGAACUGGUGAGCUCUAUCUUGAUGUUGUCAUGCAUGAUUUGAGAUUGUUGUAUUCUGGAAUUGAAAUUAAGGUCUCUGAUCCAUCUGUCACUUUUUGUGAAACUGUAGCUGAAACAUCAUCAGUAAGAUGCUCUGCUCAAACACCAAACCAAAAGAAUAAGUUCGUCAUGAUUGCAGAACCUCUCGAAAAAGGUCUUUCGGAAGAUAUUGAAUCAGGAAGAAUCAACCUUGACAAAAUGACUAGUGAAGCAAGAGAAGAAAUUCUUAAAGCUCGUUAUGAUUGGGAUGAAUACACUGCAAGUAGAAUUUGGGCUUUUGGUCCCGAAAACAAUGGACCAAACAUUUUGAUCAAUGAAACUUUUGAGGGAGAAGUGGAUCAAAAACUAUUAGCAUCCGUUAAAGAUUCAAUUGUUCAAGGUUUUCGAUGGAGCACUAAGGAAGGCCCUCUUUGUGACGAACCUAUUCGAAAUGUAAAAUUUAGAUUACUGGAAGCCACUCUAGCUGAAGAUCGAGUUUCUAGAGGAGGUGGACAAAUUAUACCCACAGCUCGUCGAUGUUGCUAUUCUAGUUUCUUACAAGCGACACCUCAACUCAUGGAACCGAUCUCUAUGGUUGAAAUUCAAACUCCAAUGGAAUGUUCAGAAAUUAUCACAAAGAUUUUGGAACGAAGAAGAGGACAAGUGCUCGAAAACAAUGCAAAACCAGGAACUCCAUUCUUCAUUCUAAAAUCAUUUGUACCUAGUAUUGACUCAUUUGGUUUGGAAACUGAUUUGAGAAUGGCAACUAAAGGAAGAGCAUUCUGUCUUUCCAAGUUUGACCAUUGGGAUAUUGUUCCUGGCGAUCCAUUAGAUACAUCCAUUGUGAUCACUCCUCUUGAGCCAAGCCCACUUUAUGCGUUGGCACGUGAGUUUCUCCUCAAGACUCGUAGAAGAAAGGGACUUAGUGAUCAGAUCAGCAAGUACUCUGAAGCUGAAUAA